UCUCAACAUGGAGGAAUAGCAGAUCGAGACAGCACUGGUAAUUCUAUGUAACAUGAGAUUGUUCCGUCCGCUUAGGUGUGCCACUAGACUGGCGAUUGAGACUUACUCUAAGUAUCAACCUUCUCCACUCACCGUUGAACAACUCACAGAUUUCGCCUUGCAGCCAUGCGCGAAGACGUCGUACAACUUUCUGCGCAAGGAGCUCCCAGUUCGCCUUGCAAACAUGAUCAAAGAGAUCCAACAGCUACCUCGUGUUGUCGUUGAAGAGGAACACGUUCAAACAGUUCAGGAAUGGUACUGGAAGAGUUUUUCAGAUCUGUUAGAAUUUACGGACAGAGACGCCGAGAAAGAUGUGGGUGUGCUGGAAGAUUUCUGGGAUGCUAUCUGGAACAUCCGGCGAAGACAUGGUAACGUGGUGGAGACCAUGGCAAAGGGCGUUGCGGCCGUUCGCGACAACGAGGGAAUUGAUGAAUUGAUGCAGGAACAGAUUCAGUUUUUCCUCGACAGAUUUUAUACCAACAGAAUAAGCGUAUAUUUGCUAAUGAAACACCAUAUGAUGCUGUUUGACACAUUUCUUGAUCCGGGCUCUACAGUGGAGGAGAUCAGAGGCUGUCUGAACCCUCAGAUGGACGUCAAACAGGUCGUUCUAGAUGCAUACGACAGAGUGCGGUUUAUAUGUGAAACAACCCAUGCCAACUGCCCGACUCUAGAUUUAGAAGUACAUAAUACAACUGACCCGGAUGAAGACAUCAAGAUAGUAUACGUCCCAACACACCUCUUCUACAUGGCGUGCGAGAUCAUGAAGAACUCCAUGCGGGCCACGGUGGAGAAGUACGACGAUGGCCUUGGGCCCCUGCCACCUAUCAGAGUGAGGAUUGUGAAGGGCGUGGAAGAUGUCACUAUCAAGAUAAUGGACAAAGCCGGUGGCAUCCCACGAAGCAAAAUUGAUAAAGUUUUUCAGUACAAUUUCACCACCGCCAAAUCACCCGGUUCACUGGCUGGUUAUGGCGUGGGGUUGCCCAUAUCACGUCUGUAUGCACGUUAUCUCCAUGGCGACCUCAGCCUGACGUCAAUGGAAGGGUUUGGCACCGAUGCGUUUAUUCACUUAAAGGUUCAUUCAAUGGACGCAUUGGAACGAUUGCCCAUUCUGACCGCUGCCACUGCCAGGUUGUAUAGGCAAUCCAAGUCGCCACCGGAGUGGACAUAAAUGAUCAUUGCCGGACGUUUGCGAUUAGGGGACUUAUCAUUGUCAGUUACUCACGCUGGCAGAGAAAUAUUGUACAGCGUUUUCCGCUUUUUAGUAAGGAUACAGUAAAACUGCAGUUUUUUGCGUGUGUUAUUUGAAAAAUAUUGUCUAUAGGAGUGAGGGGAGUUAAGGCUGAUGAUUAUCACUGUCCGCAGUGCAUCGUACUCACGAUGAAACGCCCCGCAAUGUGUUAAAAUUAGCAUUUUGGUACGCAGAUAUUGUUCAGGUGUAAAACACGUUCUCCCUCCAAUUUACAAGUGGGGUGAAAUACUUUUUAUAUAGGUUGUUUUUUUAUAAACGGCAACCACUAUGUUAAGGGAAAUUAUAUAUUUUAAAUCUGUUGUACUCGGGUAGCUCCAAGGCAUUCUGUAAGCGAAUAAUACGCGUUUUCAGUGCCCCUUUGAAAUAAAAUAGCUUUAACUCUAUAUCUUUGCGGCCGUCAUAUCCAGCUUGUUUACAGCAACCGAGUUGUUGAACUUGUGGUUGUGACGAGGAACAAGUUUCGAAUAAAUACUACUGACCUUUAUUCUUUAUGCCACUUUAUUAUCAGUGAAUAGAUCACCGACAAUUAUUAUUAUUGGUGAAAAGAUGGUUUUGAAAGAUUAACUUUUAAUAACUGAUAUUAUGUCCUUUCAUGUAACUAAUGGGUUUGUACUUAAAAUA